UCCAUGUUUUUGUUGGAGACUUGAGUCCUGAGAUCACCACAGAUGAUAUCAGAGCUGCUUUUGCUCCCUUUGGAAAGAUCUCGUAAGUACCGAGAGCUUUGGCUCUCUAUGCUUUAUACACGGAUAAUAACAUACUAGUUUGAGAUGUUUAUGUAACAGUUUGUAUUUCACAGAAGUUUUGUAAAGAAAGCAACAUUAUCUUUUAUAGUUGUUGUAGGUUUGGUAAGACUGCAGUUCUAAAACAAUGUUAGUGUAACUUGAACACAUCCACACAUGUUCUUCCCUUCCCCAAACCAGUAGAGCUGCUAAGUGUUUAGGACCUAAGGGUGAAAUUAGAUGAUUAAUGUAUUUUAGAGCCUGUUCUAAAAGUGUUUAAGGUUUGUUCUUAAAAAGAUUAACUGCACCACUACUCUUCCCUGAUAUGGUAAGUUCUAACUGUUUACUAUUAAAACAGUUUUAAUGUAUGGUGUCAAUUGUUGCUGUGCAUCUAAAACAUUUCAGAUUCUUCUUUAGCUUUGAGUGUCAGUUAAUAGCACUCUGGUUAUUUUACAGAAAUGCUCAUAGGAUUGGACAGGAGCUUGAAGGCUAACAGCAAGGAACUGUGCACACUGGCAACUCAGAUCUUCCCAAACUCCAUAUUGGUGAUAAAGAAUUGACCAGGAAAAAUAAAGAAAUCUGUUAACAGGCCAUGGAUGCUCGUGUGGUGAAGGAUAUGACAACAGGGAAAUCAAAGGGGUAUGGAUUUGUGUCCUUCUAUAACAAACUGGAUGCAGAGAAUGCCAUAGUACAAAUGGGUGGUCAGUGGUUGGGUGGAAGGCAGAUCCGGACCAACUGGGCCACUCGGAAACCCCCUACCCCUAAAAAUGCUCAAGACGGCAGUCCAAAGCAGCUGAGAUAUGAAGAUGUUGUCAACCAGUCUAGUCCUCAGAACUGCACCGUGUACUGCGGUGGCAUCCAGGCAGGGCUCACAGACCAUCUAAUGAGGCAGACAUUUUCACCUUUUGGACAAAUAAUGGAAAUCAGAGUUUUCCCAGAAAAAGGCUAUUCUUUUAUCAGGUUCUCCUCUCAUGAAAGUGCUGCCCAUGCUAUUGUGUCCGUGAAUGGAACAACCAUCGAGGGCCAUAUUGUUAAGUGCUACUGGGGCAAAGAGUCACCUGACAUGACCAAAAAUGUCCCUCCUGUUACAGAGCAGGUGGAUUUUGGCCAGUGGGGCCACUGGAAUCAGGUGUAUGGAAAUCCACAGCAGUAUGGGCAGUAUGUGACAAAUGGGUGGCAAGUACCAUCCUAUGGAAUGUACGGACAGACAUGGAAUCAGCAGGGAUUUGGAGUCGAACAAUCGCAGUCUCCAGCCUGGAUGGGAGGUUUUGGGACUCAGCCCUCUCAGGCACAGCCGGGCCCCGUGAUGAACCAGGCUAACUUUGGCAUGGCUGGCUACCAGACACAGUGAUCCGCUCUUUAGCGAACAACAUGAUCUGCAUCACUUUGCGGGAGCCUUCUUCCUUUCACGGGAGGAAACAAAGAGACUAAUAAAAGUCACUGACAUUUCCCCCCCCAGACAACGUUCAGAACUGACCUGAAUCAGGGUUUAAGUGCAAAGAAGCUACAUUUCAUUAUAUACGCUUCAGCAGGAAACUGACUUUAUUUGCUAAACGUAUCUUUCUUGUUUUAAUGGAGUCAGACGAAAUAAACUGUACCCCCUCUCCUUCAUCUGCAUUGAAUAUUAUAUUCGCUUCAUGGCAAUUAUACAGAAUGUGCUGGUUAACUGCAUUAACUUGUACAUGAUCUGAACAGGAUGCGUUUUAAGAGUGCUUUUCCGUUUUCUUCCUUUUAAACCCAUGUGUUUGCUUGUUAGUCACAUUAGGGAUUCACGUUUUGUACCGAAAGAAGCAAAUCAGCGUUCUGACCCAGUAAACACAUGUAAGUAAAGGCACUUUUUGAGGGUUCAUUGGCCCAGUGUCUUGUAAAUGUUGACGUGUAAAUGACUUUCUAUGUGCAGUUGUGUAUAUUUAAAUCACAUUAGCUUCUCAUCUCUCUCAGAACUUUUUAAGUUCAGUACAAUGUGUGUAUAUGAACCUUAUUAUGAUUUGCUGACAGUAGGAUAUCACGUUGACUAUUACAAAAAGGUCACAAUGUCCAAUAAUGUAAAUAUAACCUGGUAUGGUUAUUAGGGCUUUCUGAGUAUGAGUAUGCAUUCUUCAUUUGGAUGGGCCAGAAGCAAUGUUGCUCUUAAUAGACAAGUGUCUGUGACAUGCGGAAUUGACUCAGUGUUACAAAAAAGCCUUAAUUUCCAGUCUUACACUUUCCAUUUUAUUAUCCCGGACCCUUUUAAGGAGCUGUGCUGUUGAUUUUAGAGCCCGCGGUAGAUUUUGUCCGUUUGCGGUUUUGACAAACAUGCGUGCCAUUUUCUUUAGUAGCUAGAGAACUGAGAUUCGGGGUUUAUUUUUAGGGACUUUGUAGAUUUGAAAUGCAUGUUUUCAAAUCAGUGUUGAGGUUGCUUCAAGAUUCGAAUGUAAUGGAUAAAAAUGUUUAAAUGCAGUUUAGCAUUUGAUUAUUUUCUUUUAAGUCUAAAUGAGUCAAUAAAUGAUCAGUUGGACUAGGAA